CCUGUUUCCGCGUGGUGGUUUCGUUUCUUUUUUCGUAUAUUUUUUUUCUUCUCUCUCUUCAUGAUCCCCCCCCCUGGUUCCCGGUUGAUCGUUGCCGUGGCUGACAGCUCAGAUCAGAUCUCUUUUCUUCUUCUUUUUCUUCUUCAUCUCAGUGAACCAGCAGAGAAAUACACUCGCUACAUACCUGAUCAUGACUCGGCAUCACCAUGUGUCCGAGCGCCACUCCACAUGGCCAAGAAGACGCCGCUGAUGAAGCGGGUUUGGGGCUUUGAGACGGCGGCGGAGUGAAGGACUCCAAACAGCUUAGUUCUAGAAGGUCUGGAGUCAUUGAAUGCGAGGAUUCCCCUAUUUGACGGCGGCUGGGAAAAACGAGUACACUAGCAGCGAGGAGUCUCGUGGGUGGGUUUAGCCUCGGCCUAGGCUGCUUGGAGUCAACAAAAAAAAGUUGGAAGCGAAGUUUGGUUUUUUCCGCACGGACACGGGCCAACAGACCGGCAAGAAGUUGCUGCCCGAUCAAUGGAUGAACCCAUCAGUCAAUAGACCAGAGGGGGAUGGAUGGCUCGAUGGGAUGAACCACACUGCAGCCUGCCCGUUCAUCACCCUCUCCUGACCCACUAUCAAGGUCAAAGCACAAGGUGGCCUUCACUAGUCUAGAACUCGUCGGUCGUAUGCGAACCAGGGGACCCGGACCUGUCAGACCGGAGCUCAGUUUCCCUUCUCAACCACUAGCACCGGGUGCUCGGCGACUAUGCCCUGCCACGGGGAACUUCCACGCUGAAAGAGGGUCAUGAAGAAGGGAAGAUGAGGAGAACGAGGGUGGUUACAUGCUGUGUGGUUUGGAGGGGGAGAGGGGGGGUGCCCUUAAGAUCACCUUUUAUCUUCGUCUUCCCCUUGCUCUGCAGCACAUGGCGGGCUUGCUUGCUUGCUACCUCGUCUAGUCAAUCUUUUCUUGACCUUCAGAGAUUUCCGCUGCCAGUGUUGCAGUACUAAAAUAGUGGGAGUCUAGCACUGGUACAUACUCGGAAGGAAAUAAAGAGUAGGAUAUAGGGCUGUUGGGCUGUCGUCGUCGAUCAUUCAUCCAUUCAUUCCGGAUUUUACACUACACUACACCACGACCUGUGAUCAGCGAUCACAUCAGAAGGAAACGAAAUCGAUGCUGGCGUCAAGAAAGUAGACGGACGACGGACGACAGAUCCUGUCAUUCGAUGAUCGAGAACAAACGGCAAAUCAGUACCGACGAGAAGGAAUCACGAAAGAAACAAUAAAAGGCGAGAUAUCAGGAAUAUCGAGCCAAAACACCAACACCCACACAUACACACAUUCGCCAGCAUGAGAAUCCCACCACCAGACGUCCUGGCCCAAUGGCCAACACCAAACUACGUCAACCCUGAAAGCCGAGGACCGGGCCUCACCAUUAUCGAACUCAUCAUGCUUCCGCUGUCUCUCAUGUUUCUCGGUCUCCGACUCUACGUCCGCGGUCGCCUACUACGCAAAACAGGAUGGGACGACUGGUUCAUGAUCAUCGCCUCGAUCUUCGGCACCACCGUCUCCAUCUGCGUCAUCCUCGCCUACACCACUUUCGGCUGGGACAAGCACAUCUGGGACCUGACCGUGACCGAAAUCUCGCAUGGGCGCAAGAUCUCCAUGGCCACGCAAGCCGUCUUCAUCAUGUCCUCCUGCUUCUCCAAAGUCUCCAUCCUGGUGUCCUACCUCGCCCUGGCGCCCAUGAACUCGUGGUUCCGCCGCCUGACCAAAGUCUCCAUGGUCUUUAUCAUCGCCAUGAACUGCGGCUCCUUCAUCCUGCUCUUCACACAAUGCCACCCCGUGUCAUCGUACUGGAGCCUGAUCCAGUCCGACAGCGCCGACUGCAUCCAAGAGUACGCGCCGCUCAUGACGCACGCCAUUGUCACUGCUCUCGCGGACUUUAUCGUCUGGGUUUUGCCGCUCCCGACCUUUUUCCGGGCGCAUAUCCCCAUCCACCAGCGCAUUAUUCUUGUGGUGUUGUUUAGUUUUGGUCUGUUGGUCGUGUUUGCGGCGUGCAUCAGGAUGUACUGGGUCCAUUAUGUGGUGUGGGAGACGUGGGAUCCGACGUGGGAGGGCAACCAGCUGUGGGCGUGGACGGCGGUGGAGAUCCAUUUGGGAAUCAUGUGUGGGUGUGUCCCGUAUUUCAAGAGCUUGUUCCGGUUUUGGAAGGGCAAGACUUCGAGAAGAGGGACGAGCAAUAAGGGAACUUCGCAGAGUUGGGCGGGCAGCAGACGAGGUGGUGGCGGUGCGGGCGUAGGUGGAAGUAGUAAGAUUGGUGAUGAGCGGCAAAGGCAAGGGCAAAACUCGAGGGUGGAGGUUAGAAAGGUCAUCAGCUUUUCGAGUGAGAGGAGCGAGGAGCCGUUGAGUCCGACCAUGGGGACUGCGUGUACGGUCAGUGUGGAUGGUGUGGAGGAAAUAGAACUGCAGGAGAAGAGGACGAGUGCGUUCAGUACCGUGUCGAGGGAGGUUGAGGAUCAGAAGGGGGGAGGACAUGCUCACCAGGGAGAGUGGGGGUUUGAGUUUGAUGGGGCGAGGGGGGUGCAGCAUAGCAAGAGCUUGUCGGCGGAAAGUACGUUUGGGAACAAGGUCGAGAUUUGGCGGGGGAGGUGAUGAUUACAACAAACAUACCUACCUCUAGGAUGGGAUAAGCGUAUGUGUCAUGUCUUAUGUCGAUCUUUUUAUAAUUUACUUUGUCAACGUC